AUGGAAGAUCCUAAUCUAUUCCAAUAUACGCGUCCGGAAAGUAAUCAUCGUCAUGAUAGCGAGAGUAAGAAGAAAAUAAUUGGCCAUGAUGGCAUCAUGGAAAGAUCUCAUGUUUUUCAGCCUAUAAAUAAACAACAAGUUGCCGCAGCAUCAUGCUCUUUUGCAGCAAUUGAAAUUGGUUACGCUGCUCAAUCGAUAUAUGAGGUGCCAAUAUUAUCCUCUUCAGGACUACCACGAAAAUAUGUUCCGUUUUUAUGGUGUGCAAUGCCUAUCUUAGCUCUAAUUAUUCAACCCUAUCUUGCUAUUAAAUCCGAUCGCUGUUAUUGCAGUUGGGGUAGAAGACGGCCAUUCAUGCUUGCCUUUAUGAUUGGCAUGCUUAUUGGCUUGAUAUUGUUAGGUUACGGUAAAACUUUGGGAUUCCUAAUAGAUCAUCAAUCACAACAGAGUACUACCGCGAUUGCAUUUACUAUCAUGGGAAUUUGGUUUAUGGAUUAUUUCGCUGAUGCUUUGCAAGUACCAAGUAAGGCAUUAAUUUUAGAUUACUCUAAAGAUCAUGCACAAACAGCAAACAACAUAGCUACUGCUGUCUCAUGUUUAGGCACGAUUGUUGGCUAUGGAAUAUGCAGCUUAAAUUGGAAAAAUACCUUUCUGACGAAUUUAUUUGCUACUGAAAUAGAAGCUGUCUUUACAAUAGCUGCAACUGCAGCCUGUAUUCUAUUUAUCAUUGCGUUGCUUUGCUGUAAAGAGAAAGUAUUAUAUAAACCUAACCGACCCAAGCUAAUCCAUCGAGAAGAAGAUACAAUGUUACGUCAUAGCAUAAAAAUUGGCAGUAAGGCAAUAAAUGGGAUGUUAUUUGGAUCAAAAUCUGAAGCUAUUAGCCGAAAUUACAUCGUCAUGAUGGAAAAAGAUAGGCAUAAAAAUAUUCAAUGGAAGAAAAUGGUCUCCUGCUGCAAUUUUUAUUUUUAUGGCAUUAUUAAGCUGCCACACGAACUAGUAAUUUUGUGUAUUGUAUCGAGUUUCGGCUGGAUCGCUCAUAUUGGUUUUAUAUUCUUUUUCUCUGAUUACAUGGGCCAGUACGUGUUUAAAGGCAACAGUAAUAGUGCUUUUAAUUCCUCAAGUUAUAUAGCGUAUCGUGAUGGUGUAAAAAUUUCCAGUUUGGCACUAAUUUGCUCUAACUUUAUGGGUAUAAUAUACAUUUUUAUAUUGGAAAGAUGGUUAUUAAAGUGUAUCGGAUCAAGAAUGUCUAUGAUUCUUGGAUUCACUAUAUCGUGUACUGCCAUGGUCAUUAUAUCUUCAGUUGAUAGCAUUGAAAUAAUAUUUUGUAGUUGUUGUGCUAUCGAUAUCGCUACAGUAUCAUUACACAGCAUACCCUAUGGCUUAAUAGGGAAAUAUCAUCAUUAUUACAAGGAAGAUCCAAGAUGGAAGGCUCGUGGAUAUGGAACAGAUUCAUCCGUUUUAAAUAAUUGCAUGUACCUUGGCACAUUAUUAAUUUCAGUAACCUUUGGUUUUAUUAUUGAAAAUUCAGAUUCAAUGCAAAGUGUUAUUUUUGCCGCAGGGCUUUACAUUUGUGACGUGGCUAUAGACAGUGUACGUAUCAGCACACAAAAUCCGCCAGCUGCUUCUUGUAUCAACAAUUCAACAUACAAUAUAAGUAUUAAAGCCUAUACUACAGUCUAA